AUGAAAAACGGGAUAAUAAAUACUCAAAGCAAAAAUGACAGUAAGCAGACACCAUUAAAGCAGGACACAAUAGCACGUUUAAAACUUCCGGACAAGGGGGCAUAUUUUAAUAAUUUCAUCAUACCCAAAUUCGACAACCUAAAUGACAUUAGUUUAUAUUUGAGAGAAUCCAAUAAUGUAGCGGACAGCGUACAGGACGUGGUGAUGGACGAUGUGUUUAUGGAUGAUCUUAUCGGAGCCUCCGAUGGGGAGACGCUUAGGAAUGGUAAUUUGAGAAGUUCCUAUGGGAGGAGUAGCAGUGUCAAGAGCAGUAGGAAUGGGGACACAACCCUCUUGAGGAGUGCCAGAAAUAAGCGCAACAGUUUGGUCAUCGACAGCCUUGUUAGCAGUAACCACGUUAGUAGGAACCACGUUAGUGGAAACCACGUUAGCAGUAAUCACUUCAGCAGUAGUCUCAUCCGGCGCUACCGCUCCAGUAAUAAUCGCUCCCCGAGUAACCAAUCUAUCAGUAACCUCUACCCAGGUGAUCGCCUUGUUGGUGACCUCCCCCUUGAGAUGCUCACAAGUAAUAAGCAAAAUGGCAAACUGAGAAGCAUCUAUAAAAGGAGGAAAUCCGAAGGAAAAGAUGGAACUCCGCGCAAGCAAAACGGCGAGGCGAAGAAAAAUUUGAACACCAGACACCAUGAAGGGAGAAGAAAGGGAGAGCGGAAGAGAAGAAGCAAAAGUGAUAUGAACCAAGGGGAUAGGAAAAGAAAAAAGGAGUUGAGUCAAAAGAGGGAAUUUAGAAACACCAAAAAAGGGUUAACUAUAAGGAAUAAUCUGAUCAAUAAGAAUGCCUCAAAAGGUAGGAAUAAAUUGCAAAAGGAUUAUUCAGCUAGGAAGAAAAGGUACAUUAGGACGAGAAAAUUAUCAUACGCGAGCAGCAGCAACGAUGGGGAAUUUAGCGCUAACAAGUACAUGCUUGACAAAAUAUAUCAAUCCCUGAAAAGGAAGGUCAAUACCAUGGAACAACUGAACAACAGUUUUUAUAUUGAAUAUGAUGAGAGUGCUGAUUUAGACACUGGGAGGGAGUCGGGCACGGAUUUAGAGGUAGCCGGCGGUGGUGCACUGGAUGACUUCCCUCCUGCCUUCUCUGCUAACGUUAACUUCUCUUCUUCGGGCGAUGUUGCGCAAGGGACAGUUCUAGGCACCCCCGAGGGAAGCUCCAGUUCCUACGCAAACAAUGCACUGGAAGAAUACUACCCGCCCGAACCACCCAAAAAUCGGCUUCUCAGAAAAAACAAUUACCACACACAUUGCAACACAAACAAGGCACACAAAACGAGGAAUGUAAACCAUUUGUACAAAUAUACAGACAGUAAUUAUAAGGACCAUCAACUGGGUCAUAUAAAAAAUGGAAAAAUCUUCUCUUCCCCCAAGAGUGGCAGUGACAAUGUAGAAUAUGACUGCAUAGGUUUUGUUUGUGAUGAAGAGUACAUGUGUAAAAAUCUCCACUUUGAUGUAAAUCACCUUGAAAGUCCUGACAGAAUAAAAUGCAUUAUUAAAGCCUUGAAAAAAAAGAACGUAAUAAAUAAAAUGCUUCAAAUAAAAUGCAGGGAAGCUUUAUAUGAAGAAAUUAAAGAAUGCCACACGAGUACUCAUAUCAAUAAUAUCUUUUACUCUCUAAAGAGGAAGUUAAAAUACAAGAAGAAGGACGUUAUAUAUCCCUUUGACAAGCACGACACAUACUAUACUUCCUACACGGGGACAGUUUCGAAGAGGGCCGUUGGGGGACUGCUAAAUCUUUGUGAUGCCAUUUUGUCGAAUAAGAAUGAAAAGUUUAAGUACAUCGAUUUUAAGAAAUCUUUUCAGUACAAUUAUAACUUUUUCAAGAACAUUCGACCCAACGGCGUCAGAAGCUUUCUGGGGAACAGAAUUAAGCACGACACUCAUUUGAAACGCUCCAAAUCGGAGAAUAACCUAUACGUGAUGAAUCGGUUUGAGGGGAGCGGAAUCGGCCGUAGCAACAAUAGCGGAGGUAGAAGCGGGGUAGGUUGUGUUCGCGGCCUCAGCGAUAGCACCAAAAAUAAGCAACCCUCCAAUGCCGCUGCUAAAAGGGGUACUCAUAAAGCUCUUAGUACGUCCAACUACUGCUACAGCGUCAAUCGGGUCCCCAGUGAUUCCCUCGCUAGGGAGAAACCUCCAAAUGGGGAACCCACCAGGGAGAACCAUCCGAAUGAAGAUCCCACUAGGGAAGAUCAUCCAAGUGAGGUUCCUUCCACCCUCGCAGAACAUAACAAAGAAGAGAGUACCCCCUGCUUAAGUGAGACGAGCUCCCCCCAGGAAGGUGUCAACUUGACUGAUAAAGCCACCCCACCGGAACAACCAGAGGAAGAUACUCAAUCAGCAAACGUAAUUGAAGAAAGGCCCCCCACGAAUAACCCCUCGAAUAGGGAAGAAGUGCCCAUUUUUAAGAAACUGUUUAGGAGCUACUCAACUUCCAUGUGUAGCGUUAAGGAGUGCACUACCAGUAGCAACUCCUUCACUGACAUUAACUGCGGAUUUGCUGCCAUAAGACCGCCGGGUCACCACUGUAGUAGAAAUAGCCCCUCCGGUUUCUGCAUAUUCAACAACAUCAGUGUAGCGUCCAAAUAUAUUUUUAAAAAAUAUGGAAUAAGGAAAAUAUUCAUUUUCGACUGGGAUGUGCACCAUGAUAAUGGAACGCAAGAAAUAUUCUACAGCGACGAGGACGUCUUGUGCUUUUCCAUUCACAGGUUUGAUAAAAAGAAGGAUGAUAGGAAGAACAAGAAAAGGAAGAAGAGGAAGAAAGGUGAGGGAGCUGUCAACAAAGGCGCUAACUCCUCUGCUGGUGGGGGGACGGCUUACGGCAAAAAGGGGAAGAAGAAAGAUAGUUCUGAUGAUAACGGGAAGAGUAGCAAAGAGGGGAAGGAAGAAAUCAACAAAGGUUCGAGUAAAAAGUUUAAGGCGGACACUAAAGGCGCCUCCAUAUUGGGUCCCAUCUUAGGCACCACAGAGGGUGCCAUAUCAACCAAACUCGACACCAGAAAGACUGCUACUAUUUGCAGCGACUCUUCCAACGGAACUCCAAGUAGUGUCCCACACAAUGAUGACACAAAAAUGAAGAAGAAAAAGAAGGAAAAAAAAAAAAGAACCAAAGAAAGAAAGAAUCUCAAGACGUAUGAAGAAAAUCUAUUUUAUCCACGCACAGGAGCGAAAAACGAAUUGGGAAGUAAAAGUGGUUACAAAUUCAACAUCAAUGUGCCCCUCGAAAAAGGCUACAACAAUUGCGAUGUUUACUACGUAUUUAAAUAUCUACUUCUUCCUAUAUUGGAAAAUUUUCAACCUGAAUUUAUUUUCAUAUCAUGUGGGUUCGAUGCUUCUAUUAACGACCCCCUGGGGGAGUGUAACCUCACACACAAUUUUUACCAGUGGAUGACAUUGCAGUUAAAAAAUUUCGCCAACAUUUUCUGCAAAGGAAGAAUUAUCCUAGUGUUAGAAGGUGGAUACAAUUUGAAUUACCUUCCCAAGUGCACCCUAGCCUGUAUCAAGGCGUUAAUUAAAAAGAACAGAAAUACAGAGGAGUACUACCCCCAUAUGCAAAACGGCCAAUGGACUGGGAAGCCAUCCAAUGAUGCGGGAAUGAUAACAAAGGGAGUGGGGUUAUCGAGGGGUACCCCUCCUAAUGGAGUUCCUGCAAUCAAGGAAGCCCUCCCGAAGGAUAUUCACAUUAGUGAACCAAAGGGGGCACCAAGCAAAGACGAGUUAACAUCCUCGAACGAUUCGGCAUUUAUCAAGAUGCAAAAUUGGAGACAAGUAAAGCAUGGAAAUCUCAUUAGUAACAACUACAAAAAUGACGAUCACGUUAAUUUCUACAAGUUCAAAUGCUACUCAGAUUAUUACAAGACAUCAAACAGAAAUUUCAGACACUUUCCAGGGAAGACAUGCACUAGUAACAUGACGUCCAAGAAGAAGGAGCUCAUCACAAGGGGAAAAUUGCACUACUCCACGUACAAAGUAAUAAAAUACUUUCUGUGCAUCCUCAAGGGGGAUCCAUUCCACCUUAAUAUUAAACUUCCACCGUAUAAUUCUUUUUUAAAAAAGAAAGGAUUGGAAGAUAAACAAUUAAGUAUUGAAAGGAAAAUUACUAUAUUCAAAAAGGUGGACAGCCGAGCAGAUUAUCUUCGCUUUGACGGAACUAAUUACUCCCAUUAUGGAGAAGGGCAUUAUCAGAAUAAUCUCCACAGGGGGGGAUGUGGCACCCCUGACGACGCUCCAUAUGGUGAAGAAGACGGUGGAAUUAUGAAUUCCUACGUGAAGAAAAAAAUAGAGCAGUGGAAAAGAUACAACCAAACUUACAAGAGGCAGUACACUAUGUCGUCCACCACCAUUUCGAACUUAUCCCACAGCGAUCUUUACAUUUCGAACGACGAACUUGAUUAUAAUGUCUCCAGCUCCGAGAGUAGCAGGAGCAUCAAAAGAAAAGUUGUCCUACUGAAUAAGCUAAAAUUGAAAAUCAGUAAACAUGGAAAUAUGAGUAGUGCACCCGCCUUGUCUGGACCCUUGCCUAAGAUGGAAAAAAGGAACAACCGUCAAAGGAAGGGGCAGACGCAGACGCAAAAGCACACGAAAAUGUUCUCCAUUCUUAGUGGCGACAACCAAGAAAUUGGGGGAAUAAAAAUAUGGGACCUCACCAAAAUCCCCGAGGAGGAUGACAUAAUACACGUCAGUGAUCACAAUAGCAGUGAGAGGCCUGGCCGGGCAGGUGUAACCGGUGGAAACGGAGAGAGGGUAGCUGCCAAUUUAAAUCUUGCCCAGUGUCCUCCCCACCAGAGUGACCAUCACGACAGCCACCUUGGCUUCGAUCUAACAAAUUUGAAGUACUGCCAAGACCAGCUGCAGAACUCCUUCACCAUGUAUACCCAGCGAAAGAAAGGAUUCAUAUUCUUUUACGGAAGUGGACACAGAAACCAAUGGGUGUUACCUCCAAAUAAAAAAAUUACGCGCAUAAUUAAGCUCUGUUCCGACUUAGAAGCCUACUUCUAUGCGUGGUUGUAUCUAUGCUGCGGGAGAGAAAUAUGUAUUUCGGGUACCAUGGUGGAUUAUGCCUCCAUUCUCGAAGAUGAAGUGACCGUGAAGGGCAUCUCUCUAAGUGUUGACUUAUCCCAAGAGCAGAAAAAGCAAGCCAAGGAGUUAUUGAAGUUUACCGUCCCAUGUUACCAUUCCUUUUUAAAGAAAACGCAGUUGCGCCAGCUGGGUUACCAGGAAGGGGCUCCCCAAGAUGUUGAAAUAGUGCACGUGGUGGAGGAACGUCUCGGAAGCAGAGGCACGAUCGAUGCAACAGAAGAUAACAACAAUUGGAAGGAACAAACCAUAGAUGCUCCAUUACACGAGAAGGACGAAAACAAAAGCAACAAUGAUGAUAACUCAGAGAACUCGAAAAAUAGCGUCGUGACGAUAAAUUCUGAGGAAAAUUAUACAUGCCAAAAUGUCGAUCUUAAGAGCGAAAGUAACUCUUUGCUUGAGCAGAACGACAACGAAAACAAUGUGAUAGAGCAGAAAACAAUUGACAGUGUUAGCGACAACCCAAACGUUACAAAAAAGAGUGAACCUCUUUUAAAAAGUGAAAAAAAUAAAACUGCCAUUUGUUUAGCCAAUGUGUUAAGUAAAAUGAGACACCCGUGUGUGAUGGAUGUAAAAAUGGGGGUCAGACUAUAUGGCGAUGACUGCGAUGAGGAUUCUAUAAAGAAGAAAAUUCAAAAGGCCAAGAGCCGAUCCUGCCUAUCCCACGGAUUCCAUUUAACAAGCGUAAUAGGUUGGGACAAAAAAAAAGAAGAACCCUUUUUCAUAUCAAAGGAGGAUGCUCAUUCUAUAAGAAACGAUGAUGAUUUUGUGGAUGCAUUCAUGUCGUACUUCCUAGCAUGUGACAAUGUAUACCUUUCCAAGAUGUUGUUAAAGAAACUGCUUCUCGUCCUAGAACACAUGGAGGCUUUCUUUGAAUCCCAGGAGCUAUUUGCCUUCUACGGGACCAGCUUGUUAUUUGUUUUUGAUUCGGAUCCCUCCAAGAAUAAGAGCGACGGUGAAGAGAGUGCCGAGGCGGAAGGAAACCCAACUACGGAGCUGACCGAACUAACUAAUGUGAAGAACUCCAACUUCGAAGUUGAUCCAGAAGGAGAAAGAAGCAACAAAACGGAAAAGGAAGACAAGGAAGAUAUUUUCGACUUUAUGGAACAAAUGCAGAGCAUUUUUGAAGACUCUCUAACGUCAGAAGAAAGAGACAUAUACAUGCAGACAAAAUUAAACUCCAAAAUUUUAAAAAGCGCAAACAUAUACAUAAUCGAUUUUGCCCAUGCUAGUUUGAAUAGUAAUCAAAAAGAUGAAGGGUUCCUGCUCGGAAUAACAUCUCUUCAUCGUAUCAUGAAAAAAACGAUUGAAAAGAUCCAGAACCUUUAUCUUCCUUAG